AUGGAGACUGUGGCGCUUGAAUGGAUCAGCUCGGUGGGUGUGAAGCCUCAAGAUGUGGUGCAUUUCGUGCAGCAGCUCAACAAUGUUCCAAAGGAUGCGGUCUGUGAAAUAGGCGAAAUUUUCUCUCGCAGAUGUCGCACUACUUUCCAAAAACCCGGAAACCAACAUGAGCGAAGAAAUCGAAAUGAAAUCCACUUGACCUGUGAACCACGAGUAGCAGAGUUUCUCUGCAAGAAGUUCAGCAAACAAACUCAGCACAUUACUGGUGGCGAAGUGAUUCAAGUACGAUGCAAGCGUGUAUAUCAUGGUGCCCAACCUCUUGGAAAACGGAUCACAACUCGCAUCAUGAGGUCUGAUCGCGAAUGUGUGGAGGAUGUUGACGAGACAAUGCUCGAAUCGAAAACUGAAGCGGAACCAAGCACUUCAGCCCUCGUUCUCCCAAUUGAUAAGGUGAUUGCGCUGAUUGAUCUACUGGGCGAAAAAGUGGUGGAUGCGCAGGAAGCAUACGACCUAUUUUCCGAAAGAGAUGCUUGUGGACCCCAGCGAAUGACGAUGCUGGGGCUCACUAAAGCUCUUUUAGAGUUAUGUAAAAAUGAGUGGACUACAAAAUCGUCUCGUGUGCGGGGCAACAGCAGCACGUGCAAUGCAAAGAUCACCGUCGAGAAUACCCGAUAUUUACUGUCGAGGCUGAUCGCAAGCAAUAAUGUUGCAGUGAAGCGUAUCCCAGCAGCUACGACUGUGCCAUUCGUCUCGUACACGGAUUUCUUAGCCACCUACGUCGCUUUUCUUGCCAGUCUUCACUCUUCGACAUGA